AUGUCAGCGCCGUCCGCCACGCCCCCCAUCUUCACCGCGACCUCAGCGUACUCAUUGGCCUUUGUCGCUGUCGUCGGCCUCGUCGCAUACACCACUUCGAAGGCCCUUCUCCCCCAAAAUGCCAAGUGGCAGGACCGCGCGACGUAUAUCUGGCUGGCGUUCGAUGCGAUGAUACAUUUCUCGUUUGAGGGCUCGUUCCUCUACCUGUCGGUGUUUGGACGCCAGGUCAAUACGAGCGUCGGCCCGUUCGCCGAGCUGUGGAAGGAGUAUGCUCGUGCAGACGCUCGCUGGGGUUUCUCAGACCCCACUGUUGUCUCGCUCGAGAUACUGACCGUACUCGGUGCUGGUCCCCUGUGCUGCUACAUCGUCAAGCUGCUAGUGCAGGACGACCCUGCAAGGCACUACUGGAUCAUUGUGCUGUGCACGGCGGAGAUCUACGGAGGAUGGAUGACAUUCUGCCCGGAGUGGCUGACCGGAAGUCCGAACUUGGACACGUCGAACGCGCUGUCCCUCUGGGUGUACCUUGUAUUCAUGAAUAUCCUAUGGGUUAUCAUUCCGCUGUGGCUGAUGGUUGACUCAUACGGGCACAUUGCGAGCUCCCUGCGCUCGGCUCAAGCCAGCGCGAGAGCAAAGAAGAACUGA